ACCGUUGGUCUCAGGAGGACAUGCUGACUCUGCUGGAGUGCAUGAAGAAUAACCUGCCCUCCAACGACGGGAGCAAGUUCAAAACUACCGAGUCCCACCUGGAUUGGGAGAAAGUGGCUUUUAAGGAUUUCUCGGGGGAGAUGUGCAAGAUGAAGUGGAUGGAGAUCUCUAACGAGGUGAGGAAGUUUCGGACCCUCACAGAGCUCAUUAUGGAUGCUGAAGAGCACGUGAAGAAUCCUUACAAGGGCAAAAAGCUCAAGAAACACCCCGACUUCCCCAAGAAGCCCCUGACUCCUUAUUUCCGCUUCUUCAUGGAGAAGCGAGCCAAAUAUGCCAAGCUUCACCCCGAAAUGAGCAACCUGGAUCUCACCAAGAUCCUGUCCAAGAAAUACAAGGAGCUUCCCGAGAAGAAAAAGAUGAAAUACAUCCAGGACUUCCAGCGAGAGAAGCAGGAGUUUGAGAGGAACCUGGCGAGGUUCAGGGAAGAUCACCCGGAUCUCAUCCAGAACGCCAAGAAAUCCGACAUCCCUGAAAAACCCAAGACCCCUCAGCAGCUGUGGUACAACCAUGAGAAGAAGAUCUACUUGAAAGUGCGUCCAGAUGCCACCACGAAGGAGGUGAAAGAGUCGCUGGGCAAGCAGUGGUCUCAACUCUCGGAUAAAAAGAGGCUGAAAUGGAUUCAUAAGGCCCUGGAACAGCGGAAGGAGUACGAGGAGAUCAUGCGUGACUACAUCCAGAAGCACCCCGAGCUGAACAUCAGCGAGGAGGGCAUCACCCGCUCCACCCUCACCAAGGCUGAGCGCCAGCUCAAGGACAAGUUUGAUGGACGACCCACAAAGCCACCUCCGAAUAGCUACUCCCUGUACUGUGCAGAGCUGAUGGCCAACAUGAAAGAUGUGCCCAGCACGGAGCGGAUGGUGCUGUGCAGCCAGCAGUGGAAGCUGCUCUCCCAGAAGGAAAAAGACGCGUACCACAAAAAGUGUGACCAGAAAAAGAAAGACUACGAGAUUGAGCUCCUCCGCUUCCUGGAGAGCCUGCCCGAGGAGGAGCAGCAGCGGGUGCUAGGUGAGGAGAAGAUGCUGGGCAGCAACCGGAAAGGGGCAACGAGUCCUGCAUCCAAAAAGUCCUCACCAGAAACUGGCAAGGCCAGCUCAGAGAAGCCCAAACGGCCCAUCUCUGCCAUGUUCAUCUUCUCGGAGGAGAAGCGGAAGCAGCUGCAGGAGGAGCGGCCGGAGCUAUCGGAGAGCGAGCUGACCCGGCUCCUGGCCCGCAUGUGGAAUGACCUCUCUGAGAAGAAGAAGGCCAAGUACAAAGCGCGGGAGGCGGCGAUGAAGGCGCAGUCAGAGAAGAAACACGGCUCAGAUAAAGAGGAACGCGGGAAACUGCCCGAGUCUCCCAAGACAGCUGAAGAGAUCUGGCAACAGAGCGUCAUCGGGGACUACCUGGCUCGUUUCAAGAACGACCGGGGGAAGGCUCUGAAGGCCAUGGAGGCCACUUGGAACAACAUGGAGAAGAAGGAGAAGCUGAUGUGGAUCAAGAAGGCGGCGGAGGAUCAGAAGCGAUACGAGAGGGAGCUGAGCGAGAUGCGGGCUCCUCCGUGCUCCACCAACUCUGCCAAGAAAAUGAAGUUCCAGGGAGAGCCAAAGAAACCCCCCAUGAACGGUUACCAGAAGUUCUCCCAGGAGCUGCUGUCGAACGGGGAGCUGAACCACCUCCCGCUGAAGGAGCGGAUGGUGGAGAUCGGCAGCCGCUGGCAGCGCAUCUCCCAGAGCCAGAAGGACCACUACAAAAAAUUAGCAGAGGAGCAGCAGAAACAGUACAAGGUGCAUCUCGACAUCUGGCUCAAG